GUCAUCUCCUUUCUAUGGUGUAGCUUCAUCCUGUACAAGAAGCGAAGUCGAAUUUGGACUUUUGCCGAGCUGCUAGAAAUCUUUGCACUCUCCCAACAAUUGCAGAAUCCGCCAAGUUAGCUUUCUCUCCCUCCCUGUCUCCUUCAUAAUCCGACCUCCACAGCUCCAUCAAUCAUUCACCCCCAGCAGCAAUCACAACUUUAGCUACACGAUCAUGUCGUCCGAACCCAAAAUCCGUUUCGGGAUUAUCGGCUGCGCCGACAUAUCCCGGAAAGUUUCCCGCGCGAUCACUCUGGCACCGAACGCCGAGCUCUCCGCCGUCGCCAGCCGUACUCUGGAAAAAGCCACCGCCUUCGCCAAAGCCAACAAUUUCCCUCCUGACGCCAAGAUUUACGGCUCCUACGAAGCUCUCCUCGACGACCCAGAAAUCGACGUCGUCUAUAUCCCCUUACCCACAACCCUCCACCUGAAAUGGGCAUCCUUGGCUGCCCAGAAGAAGAAGCACAUCCUCCUCGAGAAGCCUGUCGCCGUCUGUGCAACCGAAUUGGACCAGAUUCUCGCCGCCUGCGAGGCCAACGGCGUUCAGUUCAUGGAUGGAACCAUGUGGCUCCACCAUCCCCGGACCGCCAAGAUGAAGGAAUUCCUCCAUUCCAAAGACGGGUUUGGGGAACUCAAAACAGUACAUAGCUGCCUUACUUUCGCGGCCGACGAGAGUUUCCACAAGGAGAACAUACGCGUGAAGCCCGAUCUCGAUUCUCUGGGCGCACUCGGCGAUGUGGGUUGGUACUGCACAUAUUCCAUACUCUGGGCGGCGGACUACGAGAUGCCAAAGUCCGUAAUCGCGACACCGGGAGCUGUGAUCAGCGAGGCUGGAGUGAUCUUAGCUUGUGGAGCUUCUCUGCAUUGGGAAGAUGGAAAGUCAGCGACUUUCCACUGCUCUUUCUUGACUAAUAUGACGUCAACCAUCACUGCACUCGGGACAAAGGGGACGUUGCAGGUCAAUGAUCUUGUGAUUCCGGUUGUGGAGAAAGAGGCUUCUUUCGUCUUGUCUUCGAAUACCAGGGUCGAUGAUCUUAUGACGAGUUGGGUUCCGGCGCCGAGCCAGCACGUUGUCUCUACGGAUUUGCCGCAGGAAGUUUGCUUGAUUCAAGAGCUGUCUCAUUUGGUGUGGGAGGUUAAGGUUAAUGGUGGGCAGCCUGAUCUCACUUGGGCCUCUCGCAGCAGGAAGACGCAGCAGAUUCUGGAUGCGGUUAAGGUGUCGAUCGAGAAAGGAUUUCAAACUGUCGAGAUUGGAACCUAGUUUGGAAUUUUAGUGGUGAAAGUUUAUGCACUUGUGUUGGAUCAAACUGAAGCGUGUUAGUUGCUGGGACCAGAUAUGUCUUUUGAUUCUCCUUCCAUUGUGCAUCACUGCAUCCCCUACAACCAUUGGUAGCGUUUAAAAACAAACCUAACUCGUCAAGGUAUAACUUCCAGACUUUAUCUGCUGCUCUGAUGAAAGCUAAUCG